AGAAGCCAGAGCAGACUGUUACAGUCACUCCUGUACUUUCUAUGUAGGAUGUGGCACAACUGCAGCAGUGGAUCUGCUUCUCGGCUCUUAAUUUUCCCUUCAUAUUUUCUACCUCCUCUGCUCCAUCAAACUGGAUCUUUUCUGCCACAUCAUCUCCAGCACCACACAUAACAGAAGGUACAUAGAAGGACAGCCAUACAAGGAACGGCAAUGACUAAACGACAAACUUUUUCAUUUACAAAGCCUUUCAGGCGGCAGGAAAGCUGAAUAAACACUAGACCGAAAAGAGGGAAAACGAGACACCAUAUCACCCGAGCUGGAGAGCUACAUGUCGGUGGAGAGCGACAGGAAAAUUGUCUAUCUUGCAACUUUGGAAACCAUCAUCAUAAUUUAAUUUGAAUCUGAAACGCCACAGCACUGCAUCAAAUCUGUCUUUGAAGAGGGAGAGGCAGCAAGAGCGGACACCUAAACCAAACCAUUCCUGGAGGCCUUUUGUUGUAUUUUUACAAGUCACACAUUGUUUCUAAGAUACCCAGUGAUGAGUAGCCCAAUGGUAUUUUGUGUGGAUUUAUAAAUUAACCCACACUUUGCACUUUCCGUAGUUUCAAAGUCCGUUUUUUUCUUGUUCUUCUCUACAGACCCAUGUUUCAGAUUUAACACCUUUAUGUGUUCAGUUGUUCCCUUUCCCGACUUGCAAUGAUGAAAACACUCCAGCACCCUCCGCACGCUUUAAAAUUGCUAAUCUUCAAGAAACUUUGAGAGAGAUACAAGUAGGGAAAUACCAUUUCCAGUCCCACAAUUCGAAUGAUCAGAUUGCAAAGGCUUACCCUUUUCCUUUUGAUUCGAAAAGGUCUGCUGUUCAGCUAACUAUUCAGUUCCCCACCCAUUAGAAGUCAGAUCUGUUCCAGUUGGAAGCCAAGCUACUGAAGCAAACAUGGCAGCUGGAGUAGCAACAUGGCUCCCCUUCGCUCGGGCAGCUGCUGUGGGUUGGCUCCCACUGGCCAAGAAGACAAUGCCCAAACCACCUGUGGACAAGAAGAGUCGCAACGAUGAGAUCUUGUUUGUCAACGUGAGUGGGUUGCGCUUCCAGACGUGGAAGAACACUCUUGACCGAUAUCCCGACACUCUGCUGGGCAGCUCAGAAAAGGAGUUCUUCUACAAUGAAGACACCCAGGAAUAUUUCUUCGAUAGAGACCCUGAGAUGUUCCGUCACAUACUCAACUUCUACCGCACAGGCAAGCUGCACUACCCCCGGCAUGAAUGCAUUCAGGCCUUUGACGAGGAGCUGGCCUUCUAUGGCAUUGUGCCUGAGAUCAUUGGUGACUGCUGCAUGGAGGAGUAUCGUGACCGCAAGAAGGAGAACCAAGAGCGGCUAGCAGAGGACACUGAGGCUGAAAUGGCAACUGAUGCCCCUUUGCCCCCUGGCAGCACUUCGCGUGAGAGGUUGUGGAGGGCUUUUGAAAACCCACACACCAGCACUAUGGCCCUAGUCUUCUACUAUGUCACUGGCUUCUUCAUUGCAGUUUCUGUCAUUGCCAAUGUAGUGGAGACUGUCCCCUGCCGACCACUUAAGGGGAGUGUGAAGGACCUCCCGUGUGGUGAGAAGUACUCUCUAGCCUUCUUCUGCAUGGACACGGCCUGUGUGCUCAUCUUCACCUUUGAGUACCUGAUGAGGCUCUUUGCAGCACCCAGUCGCUGCAAGUUCAUGCGCUCGGUCAUGAGUGUGAUCGAUGUGGUGGCAAUCAUGCCCUACUACAUUGGCUUGGUUAUGCCAGAGAACGAGGAUGUAAGCGGGGCCUUUGUCACCUUGCGUGUUUUUCGGGUCUUCCGUAUCUUCAAAUUUUCUCGCCACUCGCAGGGGCUGCGCAUUCUGGGCUACACACUUAAGAGCUGUGCUUCAGAGUUGGGCUUCCUGCUCUUCUCCCUCACCAUGGCCAUCAUCAUCUUUGCUACCGUCAUGUUCUAUGCUGAAAAAGGCACUAAAGGCACAAACUUCACCAGCAUCCCCGCUUCAUUCUGGUACACCAUUGUUACUAUGACUACACUGGGAUAUGGAGACAUGGUCCCCAACACCAUCGCUGGCAAGAUCUUUGGUUCUAUCUGUUCCCUGAGCGGUGUGCUGGUGAUCGCUCUCCCAGUUCCUGUCAUUGUCUCCAACUUCAGCCGCAUUUACCAUCAGAACCAGAGGGCAGACAAGAUGCGGGCACAGCAGAAAGUCAGGCUGGCAAGAAUUCGGCUGGCUAAGAAAGGCACCACUAAUGCUUUCCUGCAGUAUAAAGAGCAAAGAGGGAUACAGGACGGCGACAGUGACAGCACAGCUUUAUGCGUGAAGAACAGGUCCUCCUUCGAACACCAACACCAUCAUCUGCUGCACUGUCUGGAGAAAACCACGAACCACGAGUUCACGGACGAGCUGACCUACAGCGAGAUGUGCAUGACGGAGUCGGUGGGCUACCGCACCAGUCGCAGCACGUCUCUCUCCAGCCAGCAGGGCCUUUCCUCAUCUUGCUGCCCGCGGAGGGCUAAGCGGCGGGCCAUCCGCCUGGCCAACUCCACCGUGUCCGUCAGCAGAGGCAGCGUACAGGAGCUGGACACACUGCAGGUGCAGAAGAGCGCCACCGGCCACCAGAGCCGCUCCAGCCUCAAUGCCAAGACCGAAGACAUGAAACUGAACUGCGAUGACAGGGACUUCACUGCGGCCAUCAUCAGCAUCCCCACCCCCCCAGCCAACACUCCCGAUGAGAGCCUGCCGCCCUCACCGGGCAUCCCCGGUAUCCUGCGCAACUCCCGCUCCAGCACCUACACCCAGGAAACGGUGAAGAUCUCCUCAUUAUAAUGGUCCCAAGCACAGGAGCUCCCCCUAUCGCACACAGAAAGGAAGAUGCUGAAACGCUGGCGAACUCGAGACGAUGGUCCCCUCUUGACUCUGGGGCGAACGCGUCGUUCCAAACAAAAGAGCAACGUUUAGGGAAAAGUUACACUUCCGAUUUGCAGAAAACAAAAAAAAAGUUAUGUCAUGUGAAUCACAUUUUAACGAGCACAGAACGUGUGCUGGAGGAGUUUUUGAGUAGGUUUCGUCACGGGGUGUUUGUCAGGGGCCAACAAUGACACCUGAAUGAAGAAGAAGAAGAAAAAAAUACUGUGGCGAGAGACACUGAUCAAGUCUUGGUUUUG